ACUCUGUUAAUACUCCAAAACAUGCACGACGAAUUUAAUCCUUAAAUAAAAGCCCCAUUAACAUAUGUCAUUAAGGAAUGAAUGGCAUGUGACCAAUACACACGCGAGUUGCAACACGUCUCGAGAAGGUCCAUCUCGGCGUGCUCAUAUCCGACCUUAUACGGGGGGAAUCGCGCCGAUUUUCGCAUCCAGUCCGCUCUCCUCGCCACCUUCUAGCGGACGAUAAGACCAAAAAUCGGAAAUCGUGAGCGAAAGGAGGAAAAAUACGACGUCCCCAACUCGUGGGUUUGGGAUCAAUGGCCUCCGAGCGCAUGUGUGGAGGCCGCUUCUACAUUCACAAAUUCACAACAUUCGCUUACGUUCACUCACAUUCUCUCUUAACUCAUUCUUGACCUGUGAGGAGGGGGGAAAAAAUACUAUACUCUACGCCAGGAGGACAAGAGGAAAGGACAUCGAGAGAGAAGACUAGAGGAGUUGAACAUAAAAAAAUAAAAAAACGAAAAAGAAAAAAAAAGUUUUACGCUAGUAGUAAAAGAAAAAAAGGUGAAAAAGAUAAUACUGAGGACGAAAAAGUAUAACAAAAAAAAAAACUUAUAACAGAGAGGAAGAAAAGGGACGGAAAAUAAAGAGAAGAGUCUGCUGGAAGAAGGAGAGAAAAGGUACGACGAAAGGACGAAAGAGAGAGAGAUAAAAAAAAAGACAAAAAAAAAAAAAGUUUUACGCUCAUAGUAAAAAAAAAAAAAAAAAAAAAGUGGCUGAAGGACGCACUCGCUCGUCACUUGUUUUGGAAGCGCGAUGUAAACAAAAAUCGCUUCGGUUCCUCCUCGGCUUUUUCUCGCUUUAUCUUCAUCUACCUCAUGUCACAGCCCGCGGCGUAGUUGUGCAGUCAUGUCGGGGGUGGUGGCGGUGCAUGUAGGCGCUGGGAGUCACUCCUCAUCCCUCAAAGGCGAAUACAAAAAAUUAAUGAAAGAAGCAUGCAAUCAGGCUAUCACAGUACUGCUUGGGGGAGGGAGUGCCGUGGAUGCAGUGUGCACAGCGACACAGGUGCUGGAAGACUCGCCUCGCACGAAUGCUGGGUUUGGUUCAUCGUUGACUGCUGAUGGAAGAGUUGAGUGUGAUGCUAGUGUGAUGGACGGACGCACCCUGCGGCACGGGGCAGUGGGUGCUGUGCCGGGGGUGAGGAACCCUGUGCUGCUGGCCAGACAGAUCCUGGAGGCCCAGUCUCAGCCUCUGCCAGGGGGCCUUGUGCCGCCGAGCUUUUUGGCAGGCUCGGGAGCUCAGGUAUGGGCUGCUUCCAACAAUGUCGAGACUUGUGAGCCGGCUGAGUUAAUUGCUGAGAGGUCGCAAAGGAUCCACGAAGAGAGCCUGAGGAACAUCCAGAGAUUGGAAGAAGGAGGAGCCAAGAGGAGAAGGUACGCUUUGCCCGAAGAAGAGGAGGAAAUGCAGGGUGGUUUGCUAGACACUGUUGGCGCGGUGUGUGUGGACAGCUCGGGCUACAUAGCAAGUGCCGUUUCCAGCGGGGGCCUACUCCUCAAACACACAGGCAGGGUGGGCCAGGCCGCAGUCUAUGGCUGUGGAUGCUGGGCGGAGAAUAACUGCGAUGGCAGUGGUGUCAGCAUAGGGGUGAGCACCACCGGAUGCGGGGAACACCUCAUCCGCACCAUGUUUGCCAGACUCUGUGCCCGGGCAGCCAUCUCGCCGCACCUCGGUUCCAACAUCAUCGAGACGGUCACCACGCACUUCCUGGAAUCAGAGUUUUUGGAAGGCGUUCACCCACGGAUGGCCGGGGCUCUGAUCCUCCGACACGAUCCUCAGGGAGCAGUGAGUGACCUGUACUGGCUUCACACCACACGUACGAUGGGCGUCUGCUACAUGACCACCAACGACCGUAAACCACAGGCCCAGUUCUCAGAGCUCGCAGAAGAGAAGAUUGGCAUCUCAGUAAACCUCCAGUGCAAAUCCUUUGGAGCAGGUGUUCCCGUGACCACCUCCCAGGAGCUCCAGCCUGGCCCCUCUCGCGUGGGCUUAGGAGGCCUCCUGUCGGGGGAAGAGGAGCACAGCAAGAGCGAGUCCAGUGACGACGACGAUGAACCAGGGUAACAGAGAGGAUAGAAGGGACAGAGAGAAGAAUGUUAGAAAAGGGAGAGAUGUUUCAUGACAAAAUGGAAAAGUUUUUUUGUUUUCUCUCUCUCUCUCCAUUCUCUCUCCCAUUUGCUCUCUCUUUCUCUUAACCCUCAGUAAGAAAAAGAAAAGAACAAAAAAAAAGAAAAAAUAUAUAUGGAAUAACAAGCUGGAGGUGAGUUUACCAAGCAAUGAAGAAGAUUCACUGACGAUGUUGUAAGAGCUGUAUUGGAAUAUUGUAACGGGAAAGAUAUUUGCAGUUUUGGAAUACUUGAAGUGCAUUCAAAUCUACAUUGGAACUGGCAUCAAAUGCUCAGAGAUUCCCAGGGUAAUGAUAUUUUACAAUGAUAUUGUAAUAUGCAGCUGUUUUUUCAGGGUAUGAUCCUUUAACAAUUGGAAAAUGUUCUCAAAGUGUGUUGUAGUUUUGUCAUUCUGGUUCAGUGUUCAUUGUAAACGCUUCUGCCUGGAACCACAUGUUUAUGGGAGGUGUUUUCAAGAUGAUUUUCCAUCUCUUCAGGGUAAAUGCGAGACAGUCUGGCAACUGCUGCAUUUCAAAAUCACUCUAGGAUUAAGGUUCUCUUAACUGUCACUGCCAAACGUGCACAGCCACAUACCAGUAUUUUCCCAGCAUUUCCAUAUUAACACAGUUCUUUCCAGAAAGUGCAUUACAAGCCUGUGGUAGCCGGGUGAGUAGGUUGUACCUCAAACCCAUUUCCUACACUUUGGAAGCCACAAAAUUUCUCCCCAAGAGAUCUUUUUUAUCCACGGGGGCCUUAACAGUUGUACGGAAUUGCUAUCGGUGCAAAAGCUCACUAUUUUGGCAUGGCAGUUGGUGUUAAUAAUAGAAUUGCAUAUGUCCGUUAUGGUGCAUAUGCACGUCAUGCCUUAUUAGGAGCUGCAGAUAUACCUCAUAGAGAAUUUCCUGACGAGCUCACCUGCGCCUGGAGAGCGUACGACUCGUGAGAAGAUUGUGUAUGGGGGUAAGUUACUCUCCCAGCAACAGAAGAAGAAAAAACCUUACUCAGGUACCACAGGUGUUAUGACUGCCACACAGGAACCAUACGCUACCUCAGUUGUGCCACCAACCAACAGUCCUUCACUGGCCCUGCAGCAUGUCCCCCUAGAGACUUCAUGCAAGAGAGUCCUUAGCUCUCCUACAUGCCUUUUACCACUCUAGGUACUUGCAGCAAGGAAUGAUUAUGAUGAUGAUACAGCAACAUGAUAUUUUGGAUAUAUAAUUUUAAGGACAGUAAACUUACUGUUUCUUAGCUCUAAGUAGGCAGCUAAACGGGACCAUUUGUUGCAAGGUCACUGAAGGACUGAACUGCUCAGGGUGGGCUUGGGAGAGGACGUCGCGCGUACUGUUGCUCAUGCUGCUAACACUCGUGCUCUUAUUGCAUUGUGUCAAGAGGCCACAGACCUCUC